AUGGGGGGAGGCACCUCCAAGGGAGUCCAGGACACGUCCGCCAGGGACUCCGAGGACGACGAGGAGAAAGAAGAACGGGUAGACUUGGUAACAGAGGAGGCUGCUCUCAUGAACAUCCGAGAGCAGCUCCAUGCCCGAGAAAAGGACCAGGUGCAGCAGCUCGUGUUCCUGCACGCCAUCUAUGCCGCGUGCCUCGCUGCCCAGCAGAGAGGGGACGACACAUUGGAGCCACACUGCUCGAAGGCGGCUGUGGCGGAGAGGAUUGUGGACCAGGCGCAGCAGCUCGAGUUCCUGCAGGCCAUCUACGCCGCGUGCCUCGCUGCCCAGCAGAGAGGGGAGGACACAUUGGAGCCACACUGCUCGAAGGCGGCUGUGGCGGAGAGGAUUGUGGAGCUCAUUGAGGAGCUUCCUCCUAACUCUCCACCCGGCGCCGUCCUGGCCAAUUCCCUCAUUGCUGUGGCCAACCUCAGCACCAUGACACCUGCCCUGGAGCCGGAGCUGGAGACCCACCUCCUCCAAGCCACCCUGCACGCAGUCUUCACUCUGGGCACGCAGAUGGACACCAACCAAGUCCAGGAUCUGCAUAGGGUCAUACCAGACCUUCUGGAUGCCAUGCUGGGGAACCUGCUGGCAAAGACCCCAGACACGGACAAGCUCCACUACAUCUUGGAGCACAUUAACUACUGGACCGUGUCCAGGGUGCCACGAGAGAGAGCCAGGGCCAUCAGGAGCAGCGCGGCCCUGCUCACGUCCGUCAUCUCCCUCCCUGACUUUGACAACUCAGCCGAAUUCCCCAGGAUGGGCCACCACGUGGCCCAGCUGGCUCUGUCCAUCAGUGACCCAGACGAGGACAUCAGCCGGCAGGCCAGGGAGGGGGUUUACCGGCUCUACCAGCUCCUGCUGCGCCAGAGGGACCUGAACAUCCAUGAGGUCGAAGACCUGUGGGUGUGUGACUGGCACCAGGACAGCAGGCUCCUCGGCUAUAAGAACACCGCCAGGGUAGGGGAGGUAAGGACACUCUGCCAGGGCAUGGCACAGCUCUGCAGGCAGGUGGCUGCCUCCUGGAGCCACGCGACGGAGUUGCCGUUCUAGGCCAGGAUUUGGAGCCUGGUUCGGGGCAAUCUGCUGAAGCCUCACAUCUGGUUGGUUUCAGGUUUUUGCCAAAUUCUUCUCGGAGGGGCAGAGAAGAUUCUUCCUGCAGACAGCAGUGCUGGCCAUGCACGACCCCCUGCUGCGUGUCAGCCAGGCUGGGCUGCUCCUCACUUACUCCCUCCUGGGGCAAGCCGAGCAGCUGAUGGGGAGCAAGCAGGAGGACGUCACGGCCAACAUAAUGAACCAACUUUACAUCAUCCGGCACUUGCGCCAAGUGCCGGAGGCGCUGCAGGAAUUCUGCCUCCAAGGCCACCAGCAACUCCCGCUCCCUCUAAACGGGGAGUGUAGUGAGACUGAGUGGCCUCCCUCCGAGCAGGAGAGCGAGGGCCCCUCUACACGCCCCUUGGAGGGCGGGGCCUAUAUCGCCCCACCCCCCU